ACCAGAAAGGAAGAGGGACGCGAGGGAGGGGGAAGAAAAAGCAGCAGAGCCGUGCGCAUGCUCUGUGGGGUUGUUUUUCACAAAGCUGCUUUUAAAGUGAGCUGGCAAGCUGUAGCCACCCGUCUUUGUACAGAGACCACUGAUCUGAGAAGUAGCAGCGAGCAGCCUCCAGUGCUGUGACUUUUUAAGAAAUCUCAAUGAACUAUUUGUAAAGAAGGCACUGAUCCUGCCUGCAAGCCUUUUGCACGGCAAAGACAUCGAUCAGUGUUUAGUGAAGAUCGCAUUUUAUAUGUGAUCUUGACUUUUUUUGUCUUACAUUAUAUUUUUUUAUAGAUUUUGUUAUAAUCAUGGUGCUGGGGAAGGUUAAGAGUUUGACAAUAAGCUUUGACUGUCUUAAUGACAGUAAUGUCCCUGUAUAUUCUAGUGGGGAUACAGUCUCAGGAAGAGUGAAUUUAGAAGUUACUGGGGAAAUCAGAGUAAAAUCUCUCAAAAUUCAUGCGAGAGGACAUGCGAAAGUACGCUGGACUGAAUCUAGAAAUGCUGGAUCCAACACUGCCUAUACACAGAAUUACACUGAAGAAGUAGAAUAUUUCAACCAUAAAGACAUCUUAAUUGGGCAUGAAAGAGAUGAUGACAAUUCAGAAGAGGGCCUCAACACUAUUCAUUCAGGAAGGCAUGAAUAUGCAUUCAGCUUUGAGCUUCCACAGACACCACUUGCUACCUCAUUCGAAGGCCGACAUGGUAGUGUGCGCUAUUGGGUGAAAGCCGAAUUGCACAGGCCUUGGCUUCUACCAGUAAAAUUAAAGAAGGAAUUUACAGUCUUUGAGCAUAUAGAUAUCAACACUCCUUCAUUACUGUCACCCCAAGCAGGCACAAAAGAAAAGACUCUGUGUUGCUGGUUCUGUACCUCAGGCCCAAUAUCCUUAAGUGCCAAAAUUGAAAGGAAGGGCUACACCCCAGGUGAAUCAAUUCAGAUAUUUGCUGAAAUUGAGAACUGCUCUUCCCGAAUGGUGGUGCCAAAGGCAGCCAUUUACCAAACACAGGCCUUCUAUGCCAAAGGGAAAAUGAAGGAAGUAAAACAGCUUGUGGCCAAUUUGCGAGGGGAAUCCUUGUCAUCUGGGAAGACAGAGACCUGGAAUGGGAGGCUGCUGAAAAUUCCACCAGUUUCCCCUUCUAUUUUGGACUGUAGUAUAAUCCGGGUGGAGUAUUCACUCAUGGUUUAUGUGGAUAUUCCUGGAGCCAUGGACUUAUUUCUUAAUUUGCCACUCGUCAUCGGUACUAUUCCUCUACAUCCAUUUGGUAGCAGGACAUCCAGUGUCAGCAGCCAGUGUAGCGUAAACAUGAACUGGCUUGGUCUAUCCCUGCCUGAAAGACCUGAAGCACCACCCAGCUAUGCUGAGGUUGUCACAGAGGAGCAGAGGCAGAGCCAUCUCGCGCCUAUGAGUGCCUAUGAUGAUUUUGAGCGAGCUCUCCAAGGACCACUGUUUGCAUACAUUCAGGAGUUCCGGUUUCUGCCGCCACCUCUUUAUUCAGAGAUCGAUCCCAAUCCUGAUCAACAAACGGAUGACAGACCAUCUUGCCCCUCUCGCUGAAGGAAAGCUUGAUUGAAAUAAGUUGACCUUGAUCCGGAACUGUAUCUCUCUGCCCUGCUGUGGAUAGAGGAAGUAUCUUGGAGACACGUUUUCAGAGGAAGUGGUAUUACUCUUGCCCAGAAAACGGCAAAUACACAAAACCACCAGUGAUCAUGCUUCUGAAGCCUUAUAGCAACAUCACAGGACUGCUCCCACAUGCUUGAAGAAGUGAGCUUUUUCCCCCUUAAACUGGCACAUACACGGGGCAGCCUUAUUCUAGCCUAUGAUCGUACGUGUCAAGACACCACAUUGUAAAAGAGGGAAAAUUUCCUUCUUUUGAUUUGAAAAUUUGCACAUGCUCAAUGCUUACAUUGUGCGGUUCAGUGUCACUACAGCUUUUUUUUUUUCCAUUUAUGCCGGACUCUUGAUGCUCUUUUAAAACUUGCUUGUGGUCAGCACAACAAGGAGCAAAAAGAAAGCUUUGAAAAAAAAACUUUAUUAUGACAAAUGCACUGACAUUUUUUUUUUAAUUUAAUGUAGCCUGGACUUUACCUGUGUAGCACAUGCUCAGAAUUGUCCUUCUAGGCUGACCAUGUAUCACCUCUUCAGCUUGGAUCCAAUUGUGGAUUUAUUUACAAACAUCAAAUGCCUUCAAGCCAAUCCUUUUUGCUGUAUGUUUUGCAGCCUACUGUAGUAGAUAAGCAAACACCAAUGUAGGGAGAAAAAAAAGAUGAGAAAACUCAUGAGACUGUCAAGAUUGUAUAACCUUCUUGAUUUAUUUUAAGAAUGUGUUGCCUUUCUACUAUUACAGCAAAGCAGCAUUUUGUUACAGACUGCCUAAAAUCACUUAAUCUCAGGUGAACGCAUCACUUGCCAAACUGUUGGAAUGCUAUUUGUGUUUUAUUGCACUGUUGAAUUUUUUGUUGUUCUUGUUUUUGUUUCUUUUGUUGUUGUUUUGUUUAUUUGGUUGGUUUUGGGGGAGGGAGAUUUGGAAAAGGGACAUACACAAAAGUUAAAAACCCACCCACAUUCCCUUUUUAUCAUUAUACAUGGAAGAAGAAAUUGGCAAGAGCUGAAAAUGGAAUAAUAAAGGCAGUAUCCGCAGGCACCAGCCAAGGGUUGAAUAAGGGCUGUUGCUCUUAAGAAAUGUCUUUUACCGUCCAAACAGUAUGGAAGUGUCUCAGCCACUUAGGGAGGAAGGGAAAGUAAAUUUAUUUUUAUACAUAGCAAGUGAAUCACCAAAAAAUGCGUAUACGUUUUAAGUCUUUGGUAGAAAGUAUAUUUUAAAACUUGCGAGAAAAUACUGUUAGGCUAAAAGGGCUCAGUUUAUACUAUUUGCUUUCUGGUCUGUUGAAGUUUGAUAGGUGUGAGGGUGUUUUAUUUUUCCUUUUAAAAACAAAUUAUCAAAUAAGCAAACAAAAACCCACCAAAAUGACCAGCACCAGAACAGUAAUUGCUGGCAGAAUUAUCUCUUGUUGAAGGUAUGUUUACAUGAACUGAGGAACCUAUACCAGCAAUACAAUUUUUCUUUGGAAGUCAGCUUUUUGUUCAGACGGAAAAGAAGACAAAACUUCAAAGGACCUGUAGAAAGGAAGCUUCCAUCCUUGGCAAACAAGGAACGUGAUCAGAUCAGUAGUAUAAUUUAUUAAAGACAAUUACAGUUAGCUCUCUUAAUACAUACCAGCAUUUAUAAAAUCGUUGAUAACCCUACAUUCUCAGAGUAUAUAUAAACUUGACGUUUCAGAAAGAAUUUAAUAGUAAUUUUUUUCUACCAAAGUUAACAUUUUUUUUGAUGAGUGAAGGGUGUGUUAUAACUUUCCUACCCUGUAACCCAUGACUUAAUGAAGUGGCUAUAAACCUUAGAGACUCUGGUAUGGUGCUUGACUUGGUUAAAUACUGUCUUAAAAUUUCAUACAAAAAACAAAAUAGGCUUUUCCAUAAGUGGCCUUUAAGAAAACAUGGAAGACAAUUCAUGUUUGAAAAAUGCUGACAGGGUGAAGAAAGCCCAGCAUAAAAAUGAAUCACGUUUUAAGUGAUUCAGUUAAAGGGUUUUCCAGUAAGAAAACUAAUACUAGAUAACAAGGAAAUGGGGCUUGAAAUAUUUUUUUAUUCUUGUUAAAUAAUUUUGUGAAUGUCCCCCCCCCCCUUCCCUCCCCCCAAAAAAACUGAUGGAUUAUUUGGCAUAAAGGGCAUUUGGUGGUUUUUUUGUUUUGUUUUUUGUUUUUUUGUUGGGGGGGAGGGGUUGUCAGAUGACACCCUUUAACUUUUUCUUCCUCUUCUGUCUCACUAACUAGGGAACAAUUACUGAUAUGCAUAGCAUUGGAAUACUUAACAUGAUGUAAUCCUUAAGUUACACAGAGAGCAGGGAUGACCAAUAGGAAUUGGCGCCAGACCACAUGAAGAAAUGUGAUCACUUUAAAUUUUGAAAACUGUAUCAAGUAAAGUUUUUGGUCUUUGUUUUUGUUUUUCCAUGAAAGUAUUUCUAUACUCUGUUGUUUAGAGGCAUUACUUUACUAUAUUAUUUCCUAGGUAUUGGUCAGUUCCUGACAUAAAGCAUUAUAUUCAUAAAUGUAUUCCAGUGUUUGAGAUUCCUGAUUUUCCAAUUAGGAAAGACAAGUUAAAUCCAAAAUGUUAAAGAAACAAAGUGCAAUAUUAAAUGUUUGCUUUAUAGAAUAUA